GAAGUGGGGCUCGGGUCCCGCGGCGGGGCUGGGGGCUGCGAGCGCCGUCAUCCGCCCGGGCCCGCCCAACGGGGUUCAACCCCUUCCGGAUCCCCCCCCCCACCCCCGGCCCGAGCGCGCGGCCCCCGGAGCAGCCGUCUUUAAAGAUGCUCACAUUGCCCGAGUUUCUGCGCUCUUCCUCCCGUCCCGCACCUCCUCUGCUAUCGAUUGCUGCUCUUUCAUCUUCCUCUGGCUGUGUGAUCCCGGCAGCCGCUAGCGCAGGCUUCUUUGUGUAGUCGUCGCUCCCAGAGGCUGAGGUGGGAGCGUGAUGGGCGUUUGCCCCGUAGUGGGUUGAGUUCUCUCUCACUGCCCUCCCAUCUCAGUCAGUAGACACAAGGAGCUGCUGCUUUUUUUCUUAAGCCUCCCAGCAUGGUGCUCAAGGCCUUCUUCCCCACGUGCUGCGCCUCCGCCGACAGCGGGCUGCUGGUGGGGCGGUGGGUGCCGGAGCAGAGCUGCGCUGUGGUCCUGGCGGUGGCGCACUUUCCCUUCAUCCCCAUCCAGGUCAAGCAGCUCCUGGCCCAGGUGCGGCAGGACAGCCAGGUGGGGGUGGCCGUGCUGGGCACCUGGUGCCACCGCCGACAGGAGCCCGAGGAGAGCCUGGGCCACUUCCUGGAGGGCCUGGGUGCCGUCUUCCCCCAUGAGCCCUGGCUUCGGCUGUGCCGGGAGAGAGGCGGCACGUUUUGGAGAUGCGAGGCCACCCACCGGCAGGCCCCCUGUCCCCCUGGUGAGGACCAGGUCAUGCUCAUCUUCUAUGACCAGCGCCAGGUGCUGCUGUCCCAGCUGCAUCCACCUGCCGUCCCGCCCUACCGCCAUGUGGGAGCUGACCCGACCAGCCCGGGGGGCUUGGCCGCCGUCUUCCACACGGUGGCGCGCUGUGAGGCGCUCUUCCGCAGCGACCGGUUCGACGAGGGCCCUGUGCGGCUGAGCCACUGGCAGUCGGAGGGCGUGGAGGCCAGCAUCCUCGCCGAGCUGGCCAAGCGGGCCUCAGGGCCCAUCUGCCUGCUGCUGGCCGGCCUGCUGUCACUGGUCUCCGCUGUCGGUGCCUGCCGGGUGUUCAAGCUGUGGCCCCUGUCCUUCCUCGGGAGCAAGCUUUCCACGUGUGAACAGCUCCGGCACCGGCUGGAGCACCUCAGGCUCAUCUUCAGUACGAAGAAGGCAGAGAACCCUGCCCAGCUGAUGAGGAAGGCCAACACGGUGGCUUCUGUGCUGCUGGACGUGGCCCUGGGCCUCCUGCUGCUGUCCUGGCUCCAUGGGAGGAGCCGCAUUGUGCAUCUGGCUGACACCCUCAUCCCUGUGGCUGACCACGUGGCCGAGGAACUCCAGCACCUGCUGCAGUGGCUGAUGGGCGCCCCUGCCGGGCUCAAGAUGAACCGCGCGCUGGACCAGGUGCUGGGUCGCUUCUUCCUCUACCACAUCCACCUGUGGAUCAGCUACAUCCACCUCAUGUCCCCAUUCGUGGAGCAUAUCCUGUGGCACGUGGGCCUCUCGGCCUGCCUGGGCCUGACGGUGGCCCUGUCCCUCCUCUCCGACAUCAUCGCCCUCCUCACCUUCCACAUCUACUGCUUCUACGUCUAUGGAGCCAGGCUGUACCGCCUGAAGAUCCACGGCCUGUCCUCGCUCUGGCGUCUGUUCCGGGGGAAGAAGUGGAACGCCCUGCGCCGGCGCGUGGACUCCUGUUCCUAUGACCUGGACCAGCUGUUCAUCGGUACUCUGCUCUUCACCAUCCUGCUCUUCCUCCUGCCCACCACGGCCCUGUACUACCUGGUGUUCACCCUGCUCCGGCUCCUGGUGGUCGCCGUGCAGGGCCUGAUCCAUCUUCUCGUGGACCUCAUCAAUUCCCUGCCGCUGUAUUCGCUGGGUCUUCGGCUCUGCAGGCCCUACAGGCUGGCGGCUGGUGUGAAGUUCCGUGUCCUGGAGCACGAGGCCGGCAGGCCCCUUCGCCUCCUGAUGCAGAUAAACCCACUGCCCUACUGCCGCGUGGUGCACACCUACCGCCUCCCCAGCUGUGGCUGCCAUCCCCAGCACUCCUGGGGCUCCCUGUGCCGCAGGCUGUUCUCUGGGGAGCUCAUCUAUCCCUGGAGGCAGAGAUCGGACAAGCAGGACUGAGGCAGCCGGCUCGCCCAGCACCCCCACAGAGCCACGGUCAGCCCUCCCCUCUGCCAGGGUGGAGCCAGCAGCCUGCAGUGGCAGCACGUGCCCCAUGCUGUGUGGAUGCUGCAGGGUGGGCAGCACUGACUGACUGGCUUGGGACCCACCUCCUGUCUGCUGCGGUCAUCAUGCUGGCUGAGCACAGCACGCCCCAUGCCCACCCUCCACACCAGGUCCAGAGGCCCAUUGACCACAGCAGCCCCCGGUGGUGGGGCUGGCUGGUCUCCCUGGGGGCUCCCCAAUGGCUCUGCGCUGGCUGGGGGGUGGAGGGACCCUCCCAGGAUGAACCCCCCCAGUCCCAGGCACCCUGCAGCUCCCUCAGCCGAACAGCGUUCCCUGUCUGGGGCAUAGAAGUAGCCACAGACCCCCGUCCCCCGCCCCAGCCCCAGUGGGCUGGGGUCCUUACUCCCUGAACCAUGCGGGGUUUAUCUGCUGAUGCUCCCUGGCGAGGUCACUUCGUGAAGGAGCCGUCAGCAGGCCGUGGGCAUCGCCAGGCUGCUGUGGGGGCGGGAGCAGCCUCACAGGAAGUCCAGUGCCCACCCACCGACCAGCCGUACCUGUCCCUGCGAGGUGCCCCAGCUGGAUCUUGCAUCUCCCCUCACGGGCCUCCCAGGGAAGGAGAAAGCCCUCCUGGGCAUGGCCUUCAGCUGUGAGCAGCCUGGAGAGUGGCCAGGGCGCUGAGACCGAAAGUGCCUGCUGGACGGUCUGGGCGCGGGUGCUCCCUGUGAGCCCAAGUCCCCUUCCGGAGGGGAGCCUACAGGUGCCAGCUGGGUGGGGACAACGACCGCCUGGGCAGCACCAGGACUGCCUGGGACUCCCCGGUGACCCAGCCCCUGGGAAGCUGCCAGCUACUGUGACAAUAAAGCCUGCCUUGUGUUUGGGA